AUGGCAAGCGAUGCACAGACGACGUGGUACUGGUCUGGAACAACCUGCCGCGCCUUGAGUGACUGCCCCUCGGACUUCUCGGACACGGUGCGGGAGAAGGUCAUCAAGCCUUACCAAUGGGGUACCCACCUCCUUGUGAUGGAGGAUGGAAAAGCCUAUCGAACCCCUGGCUGUGGAUCCAGGGACGAGCCAGGAGGACUGCAGAUGAUUUGGGAGUUUGAGAAGGGCCCGGGGCGGAUGAAACUUCAGCGGCUGGGCGGCUCACAGUCCUAUUGGUACGGGAAGCUCUUCAUUCGUGCUCCAGUUCCAAACUGA